AGUCUAUAGAGACUCACUGCUUCUCUGUGAGCGUCGUUUUGUUUGGAUUUGUUUUUUGUUUUUUUUGUCGACAGUCUUUGGAUAUCACAUCACAUCCCAGACCCAGUUCACUCCAGCCAGCUCGACACUUUGAGUGCUAGAGCAUGUUGCCACCUGUGAAGAAGGACAGGAUCAUAACUCAGCUCCCACAGUGUUUCAGUCCAAAUGCAGCCCUGCACACCAAAGACGGCUUCCAUCCACAGGUGAAGGCUGCUUGCCAGGUGCAGAAGACAGGCACAGUAAGCUUUAAUAUCGCCAAGGUUAUUGUAGUGGGAGAUGUUGCAGUUGGAAAGACGUGUCUGAUCAGCAGGUUUCGUAAAGGUGCAUUUGAAAAGAACUACAAAGCAACCAUCGGGGUGGAUUUUGAGAUGGAGCGUUUUGAAGUGCUCGGUGUUCCCUUCAGCUUACAGCUGUGGGACACGGCCGGUCAGGAGCGAUUCAAAUGCAUCGCUUCAACAUAUUACAGAGGAGCUCAAGCCAUUAUAGUUGUGUUCGACUUGAGCAGUGUAAAUUCUUUAGCCCAUGCCAGACAGUGGCUGGAGGAUGCUAUGAAGGAAAAUGACCCAUCCAGUGUUUUAUUGUUCCUGGUCGGUACUAAGAAGGACCUCAGCUCUCCUGAUCAGUUGGCUCACGUCGAGCAGGAAGCCAUCAGACUGUCAGAGGAAAUCAAAGCCGAGUACUGGGCUGUGUCUGCCAUGUCAGGAGACGGUGUCAGGGAUUUCUUCUUCCGCGUGGCCUCUCUGACUUUUGAGGCCAAUGUUUUGUCUGAGCUGGAGAAAACUGGCUCGAGGAACUUUGGAGACAUAGUCAGGCUCACAGACAGCACAGAAAACAACCACAAACCCAUCAAGAGGAGCUCCAACUGCUGCUGAGACUAGUGAACCAACGACUGCCGUGAUACACUCUGCGCCGACUAAACAGCAACGAAUUACGCUGAAGGAGAAACUGAAAUAAGAAUCUGCAUGCUCAAUGACAUCUUGAAUCGAGCCUUUGAAAAGCAGCAUCAUCUGCAUUUUAUUGCAUUUGUAGUGCCUGCAGAUAGCAUGAGAAGGAGCUAGUUCUGUUUCAGAUAAUGAAAUUGAGCUGUAAACAGCCAUAAGUCUUCUCAGGGAUGUUUGUACUGCCGGCCUGGGUUACAACAAAUAGAGCUUUGUGAUAUGCUUGUUGAACAUUUAUGAAACGAAGGACAUUAUUCUCCUC